AUGGCCACAGCAGUUGCAAACGAAUAUAAACUGGUUGUUAUGGGUGGAGGUGGUGUAGGCAAGUCAGCCCUUACCAUCCAAUUCAUCCAGAACCACUUCAUCGAGGAGUACGAUCCUACGAUCGAGGACAGCUAUCGCAGACAAUGCCAGGUUGACGACGACACUUGUCUACUGGACAUUCUAGACACUGCCGGCCAGGAUGACUACUCAGCCAUGCGCGAUCAAUAUAUGAGAACCGGACAGGGAUUCCUGUGCGUCUACGACGUCACGUCGAGAACGUCGUUCGAGGAGAUCAACGUCGUCAGAGAUCAGAUCAUUCGGGUAAAGGACAACGAGAAGGUGCCAAUCGUACUGGUCGGCAACAAGUGUGAUUUGGAGAACCUGAGAGAGGUGACGCACGGCGAGGGCGAGGAGUUGGCCAAGAGUUUCGGCUGCCCCUUCCUCGAGACGUCGGCCAAGAAGCGAUUCAAUGUCGACGAGUGUUUCUUUGAUGUGGUCCGCGAGAUCAAGAAGUCCCUCAAGGAGCCAAGAAGUGGCAAGGACAAGAAGCCGUUCAAGGGUCUGAUGAGCAAGUUCAAAGGUGGACAGUGUAUUAUUCUUUAA